AUGCGCGUGUCGGUCACAGUCAAGCGGUCGAACGGAGAAAAGUUCAACGUCGAGGCCGAGCUCGACAGCACCGUCUUGGCCUUCAAGGAGGAGCUCGAGCAGACGACGCAGGUCGCGCCGGCCCUCCAGCGCCUCAUCUACAAGGGCAAG